AAGUCACACAGUCCCCCCUCCCCUUCCCACCUCCCAGGGAGCUCCAGGCCCCACACAGUGCGCCUUUGUGCACCUGCCUGGGAGAGAUCCAGGGAAAGGGAGUGUUGCUUCAGAGUGCUAAGCCCUGGCUGGGAUCAGGUGUGGGGCAGCAGUGGGGAGGUCGGUCCCUCCUCCGGAGCAGCUCUGGGCAUCAUUGGCCUUCCCAGCCAGGGAGGGAGGUGAGAGUCACAGGAUUUGGCUCAGGGCUCAGAUAAGCCGAAGAGAUGAAGCAGAAGAACUGAAGGUGUGGAGGACCAGGAGCUUCCUAGGACUCUCAAGCCACCAAGAAGGAGACGGAGCCUGCUGGAGGGGGCAUCUUCAGGCAGGUCCCCAACAGAGCCAUCUCACCAUGCCACCCUGCCUCGCCCUGGUCUUUCUGGUGGGGCUGCCUGUGUGCAUCAUGGCAAGUGACAGUGGACAGAAACUGGCACUCAGCACAGAAGCAGAGCCCUGGAUGACCAUGACCCUAGAGAGAGAUGCUGUUCCCAGCAUUCAGCUCCAGCUGCAGGAGGAAAAGAGAAGCAAGAACAGUCAGUUUUUUGGACUAAUGGGAAAGAGAGUGAAAGGUAACCCAGAACUGGCAAAAAAAAAAAAAAAGAAAGAAAGAAAAGAAAAGAAAGAAGGAAAGAAAAGCAAAACCAAGUGA